AUGACGGUAAUUCAUUAACAUUACUGUUACCAGACAUAGACUUAAUAGCCUUCCAAAACGUUCUAGGGUCUUUCAGGUUAUCAGUGGUAACAGACAUAAAAUAUUCAGAGAAUAGAAAAGAAGAGAAGAACACUUGUUUCGUAGCUGCCUAAAAAGAAGCCAAUCAGCAUCAGAACAUGAUUUCCUUGCCUUAGCCCAGGCUAGAUUACGUUCGUGAAUAAUACAAGACAGCUCAGAAGAAAACCAUGGAUUAUCCCGCCCUUUAACUCUGAACCUGUGGAGUGGGGCAUGUUUGUUUAUUAUUUGGAGAAAAAAAAUCAUGAAAGAAUUUCCAGGCAGUUUCCACAUCAGGAAUAAGCUCAAUCUUGCUCCAGUCAAAAUAAAACAAAUCAUGAAAGAAAGCCUGCUAAUUAAAACUCUUAAAAUGUAUCUUACGAAUAAAGCAUGGGUUUGUUUUAGGAACCUUAGUAUUUGUAACCAGCAACAACAGCACAAUGGUCACUUAAAUCAUUACAGAAAACACCAACCAGCAGAAUAUUAAUGUGGAACAUUUGUCAAUAUCAAAUCAAUCAGGGUAGAUUUCUCUGGACAUUUGAGAUUUGGGCGGGUGGGUGAAUUAAUCAACUGGGUAAGAUUCAUACUAUUACAAUACAUUUAUAAAUCAUCAGACACCGGCUUUAACCAACACCAGUUGAGAUCAACAGUCAAGAUCAUUUCACUGUAAAUAAGUUUAGACAUAAGGUGCAUCAGAGAAGAGAAUGCGUCACAGAGAGCAGAGGGGGGUCUAUAACAGCCAAUCACAGUUAUAGAGAGACCCUUUGAAACCUCAAGAUUCAAAGCAAGAAAUUCCAACUGUUUACAAAUAGUUUUAGACUUUGCCACACUUACAAGGAAUUUAGUAUUUACAUACAGUAUAUAGCCACAUCCCCACCUUUCUUAACUCGAUCAGUGCGAUACACAUUGUAACCAUUUAUACAAAUAUCCUUAUCAAGAACAGACUUGCUGAGCCAGGUUUCAGAAAGCACAAUUACAGUUGAAGUCGGAAGUGUACAUACACCUUAGCCAAAUACAUUUAAAUUCAGUUUUUCACAAUUCCUGACAUUUAAUCCUAGUAAAAAUUAGUUAGGAUCACCACUUUAUUUUAAGAAUGUGAAAUGUCAGAAUAAUAGUAGAGACAAUGAUCUAUUUCAGCUUUUAUUUAUUUCAUCACAUUUCCAGUGGGUCAGAAGUUUACAUACACUCAAUUAGUAUUUGGUAGCAUUGCCUUUAAAUUGUUUCACUUGGGUCAAACAUUUUGGGUAGCCUUCCACAAGCUUCCCACAAUAAGUUGGGUGAAUUUUGGCCCAUUCCUCCUGACAGAGCUGGUGUAACUGAGUCAGGUUUGUAGGCCUCCUUGCUCGCACACACUUUUUCAGUUGUGCCCACACAUUUUCUAUAGGAUUGAGGUCAGGGCUUUGUGAUGGCCACUCCAAUACCUAGACUUUGUUGUCUUUAAGCCAUUUUGCCACAACUUUGGAAGUAUGCUUGGGGUCAUUGUCCACUUGGAAGACCCAUUUGCAACCAAGCUUUAACUUCCUGACUGAUGUCUUGAGAUGUUGCUUCAAUAUAUCCACAUAAUUGUCCUUCCUCAUGAUGCCAUCUAUUUUGUGAAGUGCACCAGUCCGUCCUGCAGCAAAGCACCCCCACAGCAUGAUGCUGCCACCCCCGUGCUUCCCCCAAAAAACUAUAGUUUGUUAACAAGAAAUGUGGUGGAGUGGUUGAAAAACGAGUUUCAAUGGACUCCAACCUAAGUGUUGUAAACAUUCCUGACGUUCACACUGGAUCAUAUACCACGCACCGCUAUUUUUUUGUGUAUUUUUUUUAACAAGUUAUUUUAUUUAUUUCACUUCACCAAUUUUGACUAUUUUGUGUAGGUCCAUUACAUGAAAUCCAAAUAAAAAUCAAUUUAAAUUACAGGCUGUAAUGCAACAAAAUAGGAAAAAACGCCAUGGGGGACGAAUACUUUUGCAAGGCACUGUAGAUUAACAAGAAUUUAAGCUUUCUGCCCAUAUAAGACAUGUCUAUGUCCUGGAAAGUUUGCUGUUACUUACAACAGUCAUGCUAAUCACAUUAGCGCACGUUAGCUCAACCGUCCCGUAUACAGGACACCGAUCCCGUGGAGGUUAAUAAAUAAAACACUAAAUCCAUCCAGAUAAUCACGUGGGUUCAAACUUUAAAGCCUCGCACGGACGAGGCAGCAUAUUUUGGGAUAUAUUUCAAUUUAUCCCAAAAAUAUACAGUUGUUGCUGUUGCUGUAUUCACUCCGUGUGUGUGUGAGCCCUAUGGGCCCUGGUCAAAAGUAGUGCACUAUAUAAGGAAAAGGUUGCCAUUUGGGACUCCAGUUUCCAGGAGAUUUUCUGGCAGAUUGAGUUUGUGCUGACUCUGGCUUUUCGCGAGGGCAGGGCUCGGUACGGCUGGUGUUUAACCCAGCCAAAGCUAGGGGGAUUAGGCCACCGCAGAGCGUCGGACCGAGUGAAUCUUCUUAUUGCACAACCUGAUGGGCCUCCGCUGAUAAUCAUCUUUUAAACACAGCACUUUAAAAUGGUGUGCCUUUUUUGGUGUGUGUAAUAAAUCGUAAGCCAGCCCGGGGAUGGCUUUUCCACUUUAAUGCUUCAUAAACUGUCCAAGGUAAACAGUGUGUGUGUGUGUGUGUGUGUGUGUGUGUGUGUGUGUGUGUGUGUGUGUGUGUGUGUGUGUGUGUGUGUGUGUGUGUGUGUGUGUGUGUGUGUGUCUGUGUCUGUGUGUGUGUGCAGUAUUAGUUCAUUGGCUUAAACCCACACUUCCCCAUGUCCAUUUGGUUUGGAACUGAUAUUUGGACCCCCUAUGAUGAUGUAUUUGGUGAUAGUGGUUUAUUAUAGUAGAAAUCCAUCACCAUCCUGUAAAUCUAUUUGUUGUUCUGCAGCUGACAUAGCUAUAAUACACACGUCAUAUUAUACUAAAUAUAUCAGGUUCUACUUACAAUAUAUCAACAUGACAAAUAAAUACUCAUGUAACACAAUUAUUAUUAUGAGUAUUGUUUAAAGUGACCAUUAUCAUAUUGGUGUGGGGCAGUUCAAUAGGGAUUGUGUAGGCGGUGGAACGGUCUCCGAAAUGUGUUGCUUUUCCUUGCCUGUUUUUUAGCAAAGUUCUCUCACUUCCACCAUACGAUGUCUCCCAAGUCCCAACCCUAUAGAGUGUGGUACUGCCUUCCCUCUCAAAGGAUGACCUAUAUGACCUUCCAUAUUGUCAUGUCAGAUUUUAUAGCUUGUGUUGUAUAUGGCUCUAUCUCUUGGUGAUUUUUUUUUUUUAUAACUCAGUGCUGCUCAAUAUGGUGUCCAUAUUAGGUGAGACUGCUGAGACUGAGUCUGUCUUAAUAUGGACCCCAUACUCUAGAAUACAAGACAAAUUCCUACAACUGAACUGACCUGCACUGAAUGUAACCUUUGGUCCUCUGUCCCCUGCAGGUCAUUGAGACCAUCAGUGCAAUGGACAGAGACAAACCUCAGAGUGGACACCGCUUCUUCUUCUCCCUGACCGCAGAGGCUGUUGGGAACCUCAACUUCACCCUGAGAGACAACAAAGGUAAGGGCAGCAGGACAACCUAAAAGAAUAAGGGAGCCCUUCGUAAUGAACGCCUAGUCACCAGGCAGCAGCAGCUCCACAACCCCAUAGUGGUUUCCUAGCCCUGAUAUGGCUAUUUUCCAUUAUCCAAACAUUAUAUCAGAGCUAACUGUCAUCAUGAUUAGUUGGAAUCCACCAAGUAUUACUAUCUGAACACAAUUUGAUCAUUGUAUUGCUGCUAUGCCUUCCUCCCCACAGACAACACCGCCUCUGUGCUGACCAUGCGAGGGGGUUUCCAGCGUCACGACCAGACUAUGUACCGCCUCCCCGUCCUCAUCAUGGACAGCGGGAGCCCCGCCCUCAGCAGCACCAACACCCUGUCCAUACGGGUGUGCGACUGCGACCCCGAUGGGGCUCCCCAGUCAUGUGGGAGUGAAGCCUCCAUGCUGUCAGCAGGCCUCAGCACCGGGGCCCUCAUCGCCAUCCUGGCCUGCAUCCUCACACUUCUGGGUAAGAGGCAGACAUUUUACCAAAAAACAUCAGGGCCCCAUCAGGCCUGCAAGCUGAUUUUUUGUGGCCCCCAGACUGACUUUUCAUGUCUUACUUACAUUUCAUAUCUUAUAACAGUACAAGAGAGUCAAAGCAAUUAUUUUAUCAAAGUCGCGAGAUGCCAGGCUUUCACAUUAACGACUUCACUGUAGAACAUCAGGCAUUUAUGGAAGCCCAUCUCCGAAAUAAAAUAUCUGUUUUGAUAUUUUAAUACAGGAGCUGAUGAACAGUGUUCAUAUACCUUUUCACGUUACACUAGUUGUACCCAGUUAAUCCCAAGAUGUCUUUCAAACAUUGGUAUGUCGCACGAACACAAUAAUGGUGGUGAAUAUCAUGUAGUGUGUUGAGUAAUAACGUGGGCUUUGGGAGGGGAGGACUUGUUGCCAUGGCAAUCAUUUUGACAACACCGUGGUGCGACGUAACUUCUCUAACACCAGAACUAUAUGAGAUGCACAUGACGAAAUUGUGA